UUCCGGGUGCUCCUCCUCGCCGCAUGUGUUUCGGGCAGAGCGGCUGCAGCAGCGUGGUGACCUGUAGAAAAACUCCGGGCUCUCCCAUGCGAGAGCCAUAAAACUUACACACAAGUCCUGAAUUACCGUCAAAAUGCUUGUGCUGUUCGAAACCGCCGCUGGAUAUGCAGUAUUCAAAGUCCUCGACGAGUCCAAGCUGCAGCAGGUCGACAGCUUGUGGAAGGAGUUUGAGACCCCUGAGAAGGCAAACAAAGUUGUGAAGUUGAAGCACUUUGAGAAGUUUCAGGACACGACAGAGGCCUUGGCAGCUGCCACUGCCCUGGUUGAGGGAAAAAUCGGCAAGAGUUUGAAGAAAGUUCUCAAGAAGGUUGUGGCCAAGGAGGCUCACGAGCAGCUGGCCAUCAGUGAUGCCAAACUUGGCGGGGUCAUCAAAGACAAGCUGAACCUGAGCUGCGUCCACAGCCCUGCUGUGGCUGAGCUGAUGAGGGGCAUCAGGAACCAGAUGGAGAGCCUCAUCACUGGGCUUCCCCCCAAGGAGAUCAGCGCCAUGUCCCUGGGGCUGGCACACAGUUUAUCCCGCUACAAGUUGAAGUUCAGUCCGGAUAAAGUGGACACCAUGAUCGUACAGGCCAUCUCUCUCCUGGAUGACCUGGACAAAGAGCUUAACAACUACAUCAUGCGCUGCAGAGAGUGGUAUGGCUGGCACUUCCCCGAGCUGGGCAAGAUCAUCACAGACAACCUGGCCUACUGCAAAUCUGUCCGCAAGAUAGGUGAUCGUACAAACGUCUCCAGCAGCGAUCUGUCAGACAUCCUCCCUGAGGAAAUCGAGGCUGAGGUGAAACUGGCCGCUGAAAUCUCCAUGGGAACAGAAGUGUCAGAACAGGACAUUGGCAACAUAAUGCACCUGUGUGACCAGGUGAUUGAGAUCACAGAAUACCGCUCUCAGCUGUACGACUACCUGAAGAACCGAAUGAUGGCCAUCGCUCCCAACCUGACAGUGAUGGUGGGGGAGCUGGUCGGUGCUCGUCUCAUCUCACACGCUGGAUCCCUACUGAAUCUGGCCAAGCACCCUGCCUCCACAGUGCAGAUUCUUGGAGCAGAGAAAGCCCUGUUCAGAGCCCUGAAGACCCGCAAAGACACACCCAAGUACGGUCUCAUCUACCACGCCUCUCUAGUGGGCCAGACCACGGCCAAGAAUAAGGGCAAGAUCUCCAGAAUGCUGGCAGCUAAAGCAGCCCUGGCUAUUCGCUACGACGCCCUUGGAGAGGACACAAAUGCAGAAAUGGGAGCAGAGAACCGCGCCAAGCUGGAGGCCAGACUGCGCCAGCUGGAGGAGAAGGGCAUUCGAAGAAUCAGUGGGACAGGCAAAGCCAUGGCAAAGGCAGACAAAUACCAGCACAAGAGUGAGGUGAAAAUGUAUGAUCCGUCCGGAGAUUCUACAAUUCCUUCCACCUCAAAGAAGAGGAAGUUUGAGGAAGUAGAGGAGGAGGAGGAGGAGCCUGAAGAGCCCGUAACACCCGUGGUCAAAACCAAAAAGCCCAAGAAGGAGCCAGUAACAGAAGAAGAAGCAGAAGCAGCAGCAGAAGAGCCUCCCAAGAAGAAGAAGAAAAAGAAGGACAAGAAAGCCGAGGUCGCUGAGGAGCCAAAAGAGGAGGAGCAGGAGGUGACAGUAACAGAGGAGUCAACAGAAAAGAAGAAAAAGAAGAAGAAAAAGAAGGUAAAGGAGGAGGAAGAAGACUGAAAAGGGUGGAGAGUGUAUAUUUCUUAGUUUUUAGGUAGUUUGUUUUUGUCACUGUACAUUUAUAUCUGAUAAGGACAAGACUGUAUUGAGUGCCUGUUUGUGGACGGAACAAAACCAUCAUUGGAUCUCUUUUUAUAACUGCGAAUGAGACGUGUGAGAGUAACCCGCACUGUGUGGAUGGCUUUUCAGUCAUCAAAUGGGUCAAGUGUAAAUCUUAAUUUUUUAAGAAAAAAAGAUGGUCCAUAAAUUUGUAAUCCACUCUGGUUUAUGUUUUUAUGUCGGAUUUUUAUUUGUGAACACAUCUGUAUCGGACGCAUCUCUAUCAAAUGCUCUACCUCUAAACAGCUCAGAGGAAGGAGUGGAUAAUAAAAUAUUUCCCAGCUUUCCUGUGACAAAGUUUUGAUUGUCCUAAGACUUAACAUCUAUUCUGGUGAAAUAAAUAUUUUUUUUGCUCAUAUGA